AUAAAGCUGAACAAACUUACGAGCCUCACGUUACUACAGUGAACACAUGAAACUCUCUGAAGAAUCAAAUUACAGAAGUGGAAUAACAGAGAUGAUCUGAGGUUUGUAACAAUGUACCAUGUAGGCUACCGAUAUAAACAUGGAGAGCGCGUUAGCAAACACGGAGGAUUGCUGUGAACUCCAAAGUCCUAGCGAAGACGAGGAGUAUGCUGAAUUUUCUCCCGUUUUCCCAGAAUCUCCGGACAGUAGGCCUACAGGUGAAAUCGGAUCACCAAGUCAAUCGGCGAAUAUAGAAGUUAAAUGGGAGGCAGAUGAGGAAUAUGGAUACGAUAGGCCUAAUGAGUUAUCCACAGGGUCAGACAGAGAAGAAGAGAAAGAUUCCCAUCCAGCUGUUCUGACAUCCAGCUGUUCUGACGUUUCAAAUGGCUCGUGGGAGACAGACGUGAAGGGAGAAGAGAUGCAGGGUGACGACGAAAGUGCUCUGAACGGAGAUGAUGCAGAAUGGAAUCCAUCAAACAGAAAUGGGAAACCUGUGGACAAAAGAAGAGUAAAAAAGAUUUCCACAUCAAUAGAAGACCAGACCCGACACCAACAAGCCCAUACUGGAGAAAAACCAUAUCAGUGCAACACGUGUGGAAAUUCGUAUACACGCUUACCAGAUUUGAAGAGGCACCAGGCAUCUCACACGGGGGAAAAACCAUACCAGUGUAGCUUAUGUGGAAAAGCUUUCGCUCGAAAGGAUAAAGUCUUGCAGCAUCAACGAACCCAUGUCCGCCAGCAGCAAACUCAUUCAGGGGAUAAUGCAGAAUUGGAACCACCAAACAAACCUGUGGACAAAAUAAAAGGAAAGAUGACCACCACAGCAAAAGACCAUCUUGAAACAAAACAUCAGACAACACAAGAAAAUCCCCACCAAUGCAGCACAUGUGGAAGGAGUUUUACUCAAAAUACUGAUCUCGUAGAACACCAACGAGUCCAUACUGGAGAAAAGCCAUUUCAGUGUACAGUGUGUGGAAAAGGCUUUACUUGUCGGAAAGACGUCAGGAGGCAUCAAACGGUCCACAGCGGAGAAAAACCUUACGAAUGUACCACAUGCGGAAAGGCUUUUUCAGACAAAAAUAGUCUUAAAAUACACCAUCGCAUUCACACUGGAGAAAGGCCUUACCAGUGUUCUACAUGCGGAAUGGCCUUUGCAGUUAGUGGCGACCUCAGAAGACACAACAGAGUUCACACUGGAGAGAAGCCUUACCAGUGUACGAUUUGUGGCAAAGCCUUUGCACAGGUCAGCUCUUUAAAUUCACACAAGAAAGUUCACACUGGUGUUAAGGAGCAUGUUUGUGCUACGUGUGGAAUGGACUUCAUAAAUAUCUCCGACAUGAAAAGGCAUCAGAGAACUCAUACUGGAGAAAAGCUAUAUCAGUGCAGUACCUGUGGAAUGACAUUUUCAAUGGCUCAUGGUCUUAGAAGACACCAGCAAGUUCACCCUGGAGAAAAACCAUAUUCGUGCAGCACAUGCGGAAAGGCCUUUUCAGACAAACAUGGUAUUAAAAGACACCAGCAAAUUCAUUCUACAGAAAAGCCAUAUCAGUGUGAUAUUUGUGAAAAGGCCUUUGCACGGCGAAGCCGCUUGGAGAGACAUAAGAGAGUACAUACUGGAGAAAAGCCACAUCCUUGUGCCACAUGUGGAAAGACUUUUACUAUUAUCCAGAAUCUCAUUAGGCACCAACGCACUCAUUCUGAUGAGUCAUCACACCGGAGUACGGCUUUUGGGGAUUUAUUUCUGCCAGGGCAUGCUGCAGAGCAGAAACCACCAAACCAAACUGGGGAACCAAUGAACAAAGAUGAUGGAAACAGGAAUAGCGCACCAAGCCACACUGGGGAACCUGUGGACGAUGGAAAAGAGGAACAAAUGCACACAGAGAAAGACCAUGUUCCUAAUGCUGAAAGGCCAUACCAGUGUAUCACAAGUGUAAAGGCUGUUACAACUUCAGAUCACUUCCAGGUGCAUCAGAGAAGCCCUACUGGAGAAAGGCCAUAUCUCUGUGACACUUGUGGAAAGAACUUCGCUACAAAGUUGCGCCUGGUUAGACACCAACAAACUCAUUCUGGAGAAAAGCCAUACCAGUGUACGAUUUGUGGAAAGGCCUUCUCUCAAUCCAGCUCUCUUAGCAAACACAAGGUGAUCCAUACAGGGGGAACUUUGCAUGUGUGUCCUACAUGUGGAAAAGGUUUCGUUCAUAAACACUUAAUGAGGAGACAUCAAAGACGCCAUACUGGAGAAAAAAACUAUCAUUGUAAAAUAUGUGGAAAGACCUUUGCAUUUGAUUAUGCCUCGAAACACAAGAAAAUUCAUACGGAAGAAAAGGGACAUCAAUGCACCAUGUGUGGAAAGACUUUUACAACCAGUCAUCAACUCAAGAGGCAUUUGAUGGUCCACACUGGAGAAAAGCCGUACCAGUGCAUUUCGUGUGGAAAGGCCUUUGCAGACUUGCGUACUCUAAAACGUCACCAGAAAACCCACUCUGCAGAGGAACCAGAUCAGUGUAACAUGUAGAAGCGUCUUUUCAGACAAAUACAGUGUAAAUGUAAAAUGUCACACUGGCAUAAUACACAGGCAUUUUUUUUAUUUUACGCUAGUGCAUUCUGUGUUCUGGUGCAAUGCCUUUGCAAGUUUGCAUGUUAAGUCUUGCUCUUCAACACACUAGAAAAACACUUUUGUCACGUGACCAGGUUUGCGGUUUCUUUUUUUUAAGUAUGUCUUGGGGGCUUUAUUAUGACAGGACAGUGUGAGAGGAAACAGGAAAUGAGAUGAAGAGAGAUACGGGGUUACAGGAAAAUAGUUCUCCUCACUGUUGCUGUGAUAUCCUGUUGCCCGCAGCGAAUUUCUGUUGUUAAACGCAAAAAUACUGUGCUCUGACCAAAAUCAUCCCCAUAACCCCAACCUGUCAGUAAAGCAACGUUUCUGCCACUUUAGUUUUGCUAAGAGCAUAGAUAAAAACAAGCAAGGAAAAUGUCGAAAUUGGGCCCAGACCAAAACCACCCCUAACCCUAACCUGUACCAGGGUCUUGUGGGGAGUUAACAUGCAAAGUCUUAGUACACACACGUGAUAGACGGUGAUAGAUGUUAUCCAAACGCCUUGUGUAAUAUCAGAAGAGUAGGUAGAGCGCUACUAGUAUCCCUCAAAACCAACUGGUGCUCUUGGAGGGGGUGCAAUUUUCUUGAAAAGAUACUUGGUCCUUCUGAUUAAUGUUUUUACCAUAAUAAUCAACUGAAGUUCCUGGACCAAGGACCUUUUACCAACAGUCUUUUUUGAGCUUUGUAUUGUAUUUGUAUUGACAUUGGCAUGUAAGCAGCUAGACUCUGGUAUGCAUAGGUUAUCACAUAGCAGCGCCAUGCACCGGAUAUGUAAUAUCUUGUUAGUCUGCCAAAUGGAAUAAACAAGACCAGUCGUGUUCA